AUGGCACCGAGAAAGAAGACACCAACCAUGAAGUGGGUUGUGAAAUCGCAGCAAUCAGCAAAAAUAGCACAGCCUGCAACGAAAGAGCAGACAAUAUUGUCCACGUCAGACUGGUCUCUUCUCCCUGAAGAUCUACUUCACGUUAUCUCCCUGAAGGUAGAGGACAGGAUCGAUGCUAUUCAUGCUCGCUCUGUUUGCAGCUCAUGGCGAUCCGUCUUUCCUUUUCCUUCGUCUCUAUUAAGCACAAGUUACUCUCUUCCGUCCUUCUCCGAGCUCCCUCGCAAGAGGAGAGGCUUGUGCACCCUCGAGAAGUGUCCCAUGUUCCUCUUUAAAGUCCGGUCUCCUACUGCAUCACCUUGUGAGAUUUUCCUGGGAGGGAUACGCCGAGAUGAGUUAGAGGAGGAGCUUCCAUCUCCUAUUCAGUGCUCAGUGAAAGUGAAGAUCAAAGAAUCUAAGCCAACCUUGAUGAACAUGCUCGACUGCAAGAUCUUCCCUCUAGGUCACCACUACAGAAUCCUCGGCUGGAAUCCUGGGAACUGGAGAACAGGCUACAGAGGCGUGGCUUUUCUUCCGCUAAACAAGGACGGAAGAGGAGGAGGAGGAGGAGGAGAGUUCGCUGUGCUUAUCAGCUACUCUCAUGACUUGUUUGUGUUAAGAAGUAGUGAAAUGAAGUGGGCGCGGCUUGAGAAACCCUCAGUUGCUUCAUGCAAGAAUGUACUCUCUUUUCGAGGCAGGUUUUAUGCAGUCUUUAGGAAUGGGGACAUAUUCAUUAUCGAUCCUUAUUCAUUGGAAGCCACUCCUCUGUUGCUCCCUCGGGGCUCAAGAAAUAAUCUUGUUCCAUCAGGGAAUGAUGAACUUUUCCUGGUUGAGAAACUUGUCGUCUCUUUAAUGAGUGUAUCAGGUUUUUUAAGCUCGUAUGCGUGUAGAGUGAGAAGGCUAGACGAGGAGGCUGGUAAAUGGGUCGUGGUCACCCAUUUGGGAGACCGUGUUUUGUUUAUUAAUGAACAUUUGGGAAACGUCUGCUUCUCAGGCAAGGACCUUCCCGAUGGCUGUGGUGUGACCGGGAACUCGAUUGUGUUCAACGACGUUGGCAUUGUAACAUACUCCUUAAAAUAUGGAGUACAUACAGGAAGAGAGGAAAACGACGACCGUUAUUUAUGGAAUUUCUCAACAGAGGAUCGUGUGACGAUCCUCCACACAUCUCCAGUGGUUGCUCUCCGAGUUGAACGUGCUUCACCAUAA